GAAAAAAGAUAUGGAGAAAAGCAAGUUUCUGACAAGUCUAGUAAUUCUAAUACUUGUGUUGCCAUAUGCAAAUGCAACCUUGCCAGGGCCUAAAGCUAAGAAGCACUUCGUGUUGGUUCAUAGGGGAAGCCAUGGAGCCUGGUGCUGGUAUAAGAUUGUGGCAUUGAUGAGAUUUUCAGGGCAUAAUGUCACAGCUAUUGACUUGGCGGCUUCAGGUAUCAACCCCAAGCAGGCCCUUGAAGUCCCACAUUUGUCCGAUUACUUUAGUCCCCUAAUGAAGUUCAUGGUUUCACUUCCUGCACAUGAAAAAGUGGUCCUUGUAGGCCAUGAAUUUGGUGGCUUUGCCAUUUCUAAAGCCAUGGAAAGCUUUCCGGAAAAUAUUUCAGUUGCUGUAUUUGUCACUGCUCUAAUGCCUGGUCAAACUCUCAAUGCAACCACCAUCUACACCAAGCUCUUGGCAUUCACUGGUGUAUUAUCUGCAUUUGAUAAUCGUGUUACUUAUGAUAAUGGACCUACCAAUCCUCCAACAACCUUGAGUUAUGGUCCCAAGUACUUGGCAACUAAGUUUUACAAUAAGAGUCCAAUUCAGGAUUUCAUGCUGGCCAUUACAGUCUUAAGGCCGAUAUACAUAUACAGUGUGGAAGAUGUUUCUAAGGAGAUAGUUGUGUCAAGCAGAAGGUAUGGAUCAGUUAAGCGAGUAUUCAUUGUUGCUGCUGAAGAUAACCUUUUGAACAAGGAAUUUCAAAAGUGGAUGAUUGAAAAGAAUUCACCAGAUGACGUGGAAGAGAUCCAAGGCUCUGACCACAUGAUCAUGAUGUCUAAGCCCCAACAACUUUUUACUACACUUUUGAGCAUAGCUAACAAGUAUACCUAA